UGAUAAAGUCUAUUAUUGUUUUUGAUUUUGUUGUAGUUGGUGGUUUUAUUUUCGUUUGAUUUUCGUGGGCCAACUUUCACUCGGGAUAUGAAUUACCCCGAGCCUAUGUGGGAGGCGAGCCAAGCACCUGUAAUAACAACGAGCACGGACAUGACGACGUACAUGGGAAACGAGAUGAGCAGCUACCCCGUGUGGGACAACUCGGCGAUGUAUCCGUCGGUGCCGGCAGUCCCGCACCCACACGUAAAUGGACACGAGAACGGGCUUUACAGACAACCCUGUGCCCUCUUGCACCAGAGUCGAUACACGCAAAAUGGACGAUCUCCCAACGUACCCACGUCGACGACGAAAAAGCCAAGACGCAGGGUGGCGACGGUGUCCCAAAGAAGGGCGGCCAACAUUCGCGAGAGACGCCGAAUGUUCAAUUUGAACGAAGCCUUCGACAAAUUGCGACGAAAGGUGCCAACUUUUGCGUACGAAAAGCGUCUGUCGAGAAUCGAGACUCUUCGUUUGGCGAUAACUUACAUCGCAUUCAUGGGCGAGCUAUUGCAGGGACUGGAAUCCAACACCUCCAAACAGGACUACAUUCCCCGAGAAUAUUACCUACCAACGAGUUAA